GUCACCCUGCCCGCCGGCCCCGGCAUCCUGUGGACCUACUCGGGCGCCUUCGUCUGCCUGGAGAUCGUGUUUGGGGGACUUGUCUGGAUUCUGGUCGCCUCGUCCAGUGUUCCUCUACCACUGCUACAAGGAUGGGUCAUGUUUGUAUCCGUGACAGCGUUUUUCUUUUCCCUCCUCUUCCUGGGCCUGUUCCUGACUGGCAUGGUGACUCAGAUUGAUGCCAAUUGGAACUUCCUGGAUUUUGCUUACCACUUUAUUGUGUUUGUCUUCUACUUCGGAGCCUUUUUACUGGAAGCAGCAGCCACAUCUCUGCACGAUCUGCAUUGUAAUACAACCACCGCCAUACAGCCACUUCUGGAUGAUAACAAGUACAACAUAAACGUGGCAGCUACAAUUUUUGCCUUUGUGACGACAGCUUGUUAUGGUUGCAGUUUGGCCCUGGCUUUUCGAAGAUGGCGACCGUAA